UCUUACAAGAGGCCACCAACAAAAGUAAAAUAAGAAAAAAUGCAUCCAAACACUCCCAUUUGAGCUGUUUCCAAUUGGAAAAUUCCAAGAGACUCACAACCACCUUAUGUCCCCCAUCUAAUCCCUCUCUCUCUCUCUCUCUCUCUCUCUCGCUCUCUUCCAUGGAAGAUUUCAGAUCAAAGUCGUGUGGAGAUGGGAGGACGCAGAUGGAGGUGUAUGGAACCGUGCCUCCAUCAUCUGGUCUGCAUGAUCUCAGGUGCUACAGUGCUUCAUACACAUCUGCCCAACAGACCCAAAUGCCCAAAGAGCUGAAAUUCAAGAAAGGGAAGGCCAGUGGUGGGUCCUCUUCUUCUUCAAAAGGGUGGGGUUUAAAUGACCCUGAGCUGCAGAGGAAGAAGAGGGUUGCAAGCUACAAGGUGUAUACUGUAGAAGGGAAGAUGAAGGGGUCUUUGAGGAAGAGCUUCAGAUGGCUCAAGGACAGAUACACACAGAUGGUGUAUGGGUGGUGGUGAUUCUUGGGUGGGGAUGUUCUGUGGCUGAAUCUUUUCAUUUCUGCUUUUAUCUUUCUUGGAUUUUUGUUUCCGUUUUCGAUCCAUGGAAUCUGAUCUCACUAGAAACCUUGUUCUGUUUCUGGGUCUUUAAUGAUAUGAUGAUUUGGUUUGUUUC